AUGAACAAAAAUACAAGUGGCAUUCUUCUCUUUGCAAAAACUAAAACAUUUGCUUCUUCCUUUCAAUCAAUUUUAAAAGAAAAGUCAUCUGUUAUUUCAUCUACUUCCUCACUUCAAAAGAUUUAUUUAGCUAGAGUAGUUGGAUAUUUUCCAGACACGAUUGAAGUGAAUCUUCCUUUACAUUUGGUUCGUUUUGGGACAGAAUCCCAAAGUUGUAUUUGUGAAGAUGGUAUUGAAGCUAGAAGUAGUUUCAAAAGACUUUUUUUCGAUAAAGACAGUAAUACAAGUGUUAUUGAAUGUGUGCCUCAUACAGGAAGAACACAUCAAUUAAGACUUCAUCUCAAAGCAAUUCAUCAUCCAAUUGCAAAUGACUCUGCUUAUUUAUUAAAUCAAAUCCAUAAUUACAGACAACAAGAUGGAGAAAUUAAUCGUGAAAAUAAAUGGAGAGCAAAGUAUGGAUGGGUUUUUGAUAAAGAUUGUAAAGAUUGUAAUUUCCCUAAAGGUGAUCCUAUAGAAGAACAAAUUUGGUUACAUGCAUGGAAAUAUUCAUUUAAUUCACAUGAUUGGAUUGCCGAAAUACCAGAAUGGGCAGAAGUAAAUUUUGACGCAAAAAGUUUUAUUAAAGAAUGGAAAGAACGAAUUGGGAUAGAUGAAAGAAAAUAA